AUGGGACAAGAUCUCGAAAAAGAAGAGGACAGUCUCAUCAACGCUCUGGAAAAAGUUUUGGCAGAUGAAGCGGAACUCGACAACGCCGAAAACGACUCCGACGAUGAGGCAACCAUCACAGACCGAGAACUGUCGCUCCUGCUCUCGAUGCUGCGUGAAGACAUGGACGAGAUGACCCCCAACGGUGCCCGAGGAUACAAGUGGAGACCGUCCUACUACCCCUCCGAGUCCUUGCACGUAGGUGCACUGGAACCACUGGCUACAGGGUUCCUCCCCAGCCGCUACUCUGGCCAGAGGAAGAGGUUCUUGACAGGUGCCUUGGAACCCAUCAGCAGCGGAUUCAUCAAGAAAGGUUUUAACGGAGGUGCUAUGGAGCCCUUAGGGUCUGGCUUCUUCAAGAAAGGAUUUAACAGUGGUGCCAUGGAACCACUGUCGUCAGGGUUUAUCAAGAAAGGCUUCAACAGUGGUGCAAUGGAGCCUCUGUCAUCAGGAUUCAUCAAGAAAGGCUUUAACAGUGGUGCCAUGGAACCGCUCUCGUCAGGAUUCAUCAAGAAAGGUUUCAACAGUGGUGCCAUGGAACCCCUUUCAUCUGGAUUCAUCAAGAAAGGUUUUCACAGUGGUGCCAUGGAACCUCUGUCAUCUGGAUUCAUCAAGAAAGGUUUUCACAGUGGUGCCAUGGAACCUCUUUCAUCAGGAUUCAUCAAGAAAGGUUUCAACAGUGGUGCAAUGGAACCACUAUCAUCAGGAUUUAUCAAGAAAGGCUUCAACAGUGGUGCCAUGGAGCCAUUAUCAUCAGGAUUUAUCAAGAAAGGCUUCAACAGUGGUGCAAUGGAACCACUGUCAUCAGGAUUUAUCAAGAAAGGAUUCAACAGUGGUGCAAUGGAACCACUAUCAUCAGGAUUUAUCAAGAAAGGCUUCAACAGUGGUGCAAUGGAACCACUGUCAUCAGGAUUUAUCAAGAAAGGCUUCAACAGUGGUGCAAUGGAACCACUGUCAUCGGGAUUUAUCAAGAAAGGAUUCAACAGUGGUGCAAUGGAACCGCUGUCAUCGGGGUUCAUCAAGAAAGGAUUUAACAACGCUGCCAUGGAACCACUUGCUUCCGGAUUUAUGGACGGUAAACGCGGUUUCUACAGCGGUGCAAUGGAGCCAAUAAGCUCAGGUUUCCACGGGGGAAAGAGGGGAUUCCACGAAGAGGAUAUGGAAAAAGACAAGAAAGGGUUUAAUAAUGGUGCUCUUGAACCGCUUCAAACAGGCUUUUUAAAAGACUAGAUGUUCCGUCCAGUUCCUUCUGGACUCAGUUCUUGCUUUUCGGCCACUAAUUUAGAGGUAUAUAUUUAGAAUAUCAACAGCCAUCUUGAUACUCGUUUAUUUUUUCUUGGGAAUCGUAAUAUUAAUUUUCAUUCUUGUUUACUAAUAUAACAUUUUUUAAACAAUAAUCUCUUGAAUUAUUACCUUGAAUAUUUUUCCUUGACUCGCUACAUAUUCAAAGUUUCAAUGAAAUUUAUUUUUACAUUACUGUUUUUCUUCCAUUCUUUAGAGCAGGCGCACAAACUAACACCCCACCAACAUGACCAACGGUUAUCUCAAUGCUUUUCUUUCUUAUUGAUUAUUACUCUUGAAAAAAUACGAAGGUCGUUGUUUAUCAACCUUAUUUUCCUUGGCAAUGUUUUUUAAGCAUUAAAUUAUUGGAUUAACCGUUUAUCAACAUGAUUGCACAUCUGUUCGAUAUGUAAACAUGGAUUCUUAAUGUACAACCUAAAAUGCUUAUCGCGAAGGAAUACAUUGUUUGUUUACCUAAAGAACUAUCCCGUUUAAUGUGUCCUGUAAAAAAAAAAUCCGCUUUGUUCUCGAAUUUCAGUUGACGCUUGAAGUUGUCAUCACUGCCUAAAUGGCCGGCUCUGACGAUUUCAGUGAAAUCAUUACGUGAUUUUAAGCGAGGUGUUAGCCUUAGUGUUGGUGUUGAAAUUUUGAUUGCUUCCCCUAGCUCCAAAUCUUAUUCAGCGUAAUUUGUAAAAACUUAUCCAGAUCACAUUAUUGACAUCUCAUCAGGUAGUGGGUGACUUUUCGGGACCAUCCUCAUUUUCUGUUUUGUGUUAUAAUCGUGUGAACAUUGACCUAACACCAACACCAAAAUGUCAACACUGAACUUGAAAGCACCCAAUGGCUGAGAAGCAUUGGGCCCUGACAACUGCUCAGUGUUGACAAACUUUGGGAAAUGGUGCCUGGGGUUGUUUCACGGAGACUCUUGUCAGUGAUUAUUCAGCGGCAAACGUUAUAAGCUGCUGCACAUCCUUGCUUCUGAUUGGCCGACAUCGAAUUAGUCUGUGAAAAUUGCUGACAGAAUUCUUCAUGAAAUGCUCCGGGACCGUCUUUAUGGUCACAAGCGUAGUCUAUAUUGCUUUUCUAAAAUGUCUUACUGAUUCAAGAUGUAUUGAUGAAAGAAAGUGAUGAAUGGUGGUCAUUUGACCAACAUGGCUGAUGGAAUGGAUUUUAUGAGACACAUUCGAUUUGCGGCUACAAUUUAUUCUCGAAAAACUAAACAUUUCAGAUAAUGCAUGAAGAUUCAUAAGAAUAUAAAAUUGUCAUUUCUGAAAUGUUCGUUUUGCGUUUGUGAAAGGUUUACAAUUCGUAUUUCAAGUUGAUAUAGCCUUUGUUCCUCUUUCAAGUAAACAGCGGUAAGCUCAUGGGGAAAAUGUAUUUUUGUUUGAUAUUUUACUUCAAACUUUAUCAUUUCUUUUUGUAAUCUUAAAAUGCGAUUUGUUUUAUGUUUUAUUCUGUCGAGGUAAUAUAGCUUAUUAAAGUUGAUAGAGGUUUCACGAAUCAUAAGAAUGGUUGAGAUCUUUAUUGGGAUUUUUUUUUCUGCUAACCUACGAAGGAAAAUUCACCCGAGCCUCUAUUUCUGUGUUGUUUGUAGCAAAAUAAUCAUAUGCACAUUCCAGCGCUAGAUUGGUGAAGUUCCAACAUUUUCUGGCUUGUAAUAAAGAUUGUUUCAGCCACUUUCAAAAGAGUUCGUUGUCAAACAUCAACUUCGAUUUUGUUCUGCUUUGUUUUAUUCAUGAUACGAAUUAAAAUACAUUGUGGCUCUUUUCUGUUCAAUCUUUCAUUCUUUUAUUUGACUUCACUUUGUUUCCGAAUGGACAGAAACGUAUCCAUGUACGAACUGUUAAAGGCGUUAUGCUGAAAGUGUGAGUGUUCAAGUAGAUGUGAAUAAACCGGAAAACAAGUAAACGUUAAACCUCUUAGUUAUAUGUACCUUUUUAACGUACAUGUAGAGCUUGUACAUUCUUGUGUUGAUGUUAAAAGAUUACGUUCUUAUUUAACUUGUUUGCACCAUAUCAACAGUACUCGACGAUUGGAAAAGAAAGGGAAUAUAUCAUGACUUAACAAUUCAAAACAAUGAUCGUGUGCAUGCAUGUGUGUGUAAAAGCUGGACUUAAAUUCAUUAUUUUCAUUAAAUCAAACCUUUAAACUGCAUUGAUUUUAUGAAAACUGAAAAUGAACAGAUUCAAUGGUGAAUAAAGGCACACGUGAAGUCUAAUUAAGUAUGCUAUCUGUGGAAAUAUAUAUAGCUUUAUGUUCGUCAAAAAAAAUAUUUGGCGGUAAUAUUUAAUAAUCAUGAUAGAUUAAAAUACUUUUUAGGAGCUUGGGUUUUCCAAAAUAACAAAGAUUUUUUUUUAGAUAAUAUAUUGAUUAAUAAAACUUUUAUUAUAUGAAAGAUUAUUUCAUCCUAGCCUCUUUAUUUAUUAAUAAAUCCACGAACAUGAUCUUAUUCUAUUUAUUAAGUUUCGUAUAAAUCAUCAUUCUUCAUGCAGCUUUAAUGGAAGAGUAUUGUAUCAGAUAUUAUCAACUCUAUAUCUGCUCAAUUCCUAAUGACAGAGGUAUUGCUUUAAGCAUGCUGACUAUAUGUGUGCUAUGUAAAAUACGGUAUGUGAAUUAUAUCUAUCAAUAAAUUAAAUUCAAAAGAAUA